AUGAGUAGCAGCAGUUACGUGGAUCCCACCGCGGGUGCGGUGGAGCACUGCGAACUCAUGGCGAACGAACACCCCGAGUUAGCAACGCAGUAUCAGGCCAUGGCCUCGUUCUGUCAACAAAAGCUCUGGCACGAACUUACGCUGGCGGUGCUGGACUUGGUUGCGGAUCCGACGACGGCACGUUCCGUGGCAUCGCUCGGUGGCACGCAUUCCUACCUGGCCUUGUACAACCAAGUCGUCACGUCGGUGCACGCCAAGCUCAAUCCCCUCAGUCUGGCACAAAUCGCGUCGGCCGUUGCGCGCGUCCUGCACGCACAAGAUGGUACGGCUGCCAAGGCCAUCCUCGAGAAUCUCGUCACCAAGCUACAGCAAGACGCGCUGCCCCACACCGUACAGGCCGACGCCGUGGUGUACGCGGAAUCCAAACUCUCACUAUUGACGCUGGAAGCGGCAUCCAAGCAAAAGGCCGCCCUGCAGGUAGUCGACAACGCCAUUGUGUCCGCAGCCUACUACGAAGCCCUAUGGACGUACUACAAGAUACUAGGCCCACCGGAACAGUUUUACGCCGCCGCCAUGCAGUUUCUCAAUUACGCGCCACCGCCUCCUCUCGACAAUGCCACCACCAACGUCGCAGCGGUAGUAGCAAGGAACGUGGUUGACUACCAAACCCUGGCCGUGGAUUUGUGUCUCGCCGCACUCACCGGAGACGGCGUCUACAAUCUCGGUCAACUCGAAGCCUCGCCCGUACUCGCAUACUUGCAAUCCCAACCGGAUGCUUGGUUGGUGCAAAUGCUCCACGCCGUUUCGGCGGGCGAUUUGGAAGCCUUUGCCUCUCUCACCUCCCAACACGCAACGUCCAUACAAAAACAACCCGCCCUCGUGCACCGAGCCAAUGCGGUACAGGAAAAGCUUUUACUCCUCGCUCUGGUCCGUCUCGUCUUUACCAAGGACGCCCACGAUCGAACGCUGACCUUGAACGAGCUCGCCGUUGGUUUGGGCAAUAUACCGGUCGAUCAAGUGGAAUGGGUGGUUAUGCGCGCCCUCAGUGUACACUUGGUGGAAGGACACUUGGACCAAGUGGACGGAACCGUCACGAUCACCUGGGUACGUCCGCGAGCCCUGAACACGUCUCAAAUGACCGAACUCGGCGGCCGAUUGGAAGCGUGGGCCCACAAGGCCCAAGUGGCCCGUACCGCUAUGCAAGAACAAGUACCCGGUACCUUUGCCUAG